AUGAUUUUUAAGCCCCUUACUGUGAAGACCCCCCUCCUCAAAGAGCUUCGAAAAAAAGGACUGGUGUCCAUCGAGGUCGCAGAUGCUGGAAGCGUAAAGGUUCUAACUAAAGACGAUCUGGAAGGUUCACCUAAGGGAAGUGAAACGAGUGGCACUAACAAGGAAAGAAUAAAAAGAAAAAAAAUUAAUGGAAACAAAAAUGGGAGGAAGUUAUCUCCUAGUAAAGGAAGCAAAAAGAGAAAACGCGAAAAUGUUGACCAGACAGAUUCGAAGGAGGAGGACUCUAAAAAAGUUAUGAAAAAGUCAAUUGAGAAAAGGGACCCCAGGAAGUGCACCGCUGGUAGUGAACCCUCCCUCGAAGAAAUUGACAGCCGAGGGGAGGACACCCAUAAGGGGUUUAAAAGGAGGAAAAAAAAAAGAGGGAGAAAAAAAAAAAGGCCAAAAAAUGGCCCCACGGGAUGUAAUGAGGAGGUUGUUUCCAUCGGCCAGGCCGCGUGCUCUGCCAACCCAUCCUCGUGCCCGGCCGACCCCCCCACCGCUUCCCGCGCGAAGGGGGAGGCCCCCAAAAAGGAAAAAUUCGACAUACAAAAAGUGAUCCAAAAUGAGGAGAACUUCAAACGGGAGGUCGAAGUCAAGUACAAGGUGCACUACGUCAGGUGGAACCUAAAUGGAAAACUCAACCUCCUAUAUAGCAUAAUGAAAUCAUUACAUGACGCCAAAUUCUGGAAACCAACAGAAAUACAAAAGCAAACCCUAGAACACUCCAUAAAUUUUAAGAAGGACAUAAUCGUAGUGUCCAAAACGGGAACGGGAAAAACUCUAACCUUUUGCAUACCCAUAUUGAAUAAUAUAGUAAAAAAUAAAUUAAGGGAAUACAAAAAGAAGGGAAGCUGCGUUUCCAAACUUAGGUGCAUCAUACUAGUCCCAACAAGAGAACUAGCCAUUCAAAUUUUAAGUCACUUCAGCAACAUAAAUAAAUACACCCAUAUUUACAUCGCAACAAUUAUUGGAGGAUUAAAUCUUAAUAAACAAAAAAGAAUUAUAUCGAAUAAACCAGAAAUUUUAGUUUGCACCCCGGGAAGAUUGAAGUACUUUUUACUCCUAAAUGAUAAGAUAAACUAUUUGGAUAAAAUGAAACACGUCAGAUAUUUUGCAUGCGACGAAAUUGACAAAAUGAUAGAAACUUCUUUCAUGAGGGAUAUCAAUUUUAUUGCCAAACAUUUGUACAAGUCCGUGGGGCAGAAGAAGAAAUUUAUUCAAACUUUUCUCCUUUCCGCUACUCUAGGGCUGUCAGUCCAUUUGCAAAAUGAAAAUCUAGCCAAAUUGUUAAAUUAUAUUACCAUAAGGAAAGAAAAGUCUUGCAUCAUCAAUUUGGCCGAUGAUCAUUUGGUAGACGACCCAUCCCGGGGUGAGGGAGGAAGCAUCCUCCCUGACGGCCUCUCCCUCAACGUGGUCAAAUGCGAAAGGAAAAAAAUACUACACAAACUUUUUUACCUUCUCAAGCUGUAUUUUCUGAACGGUUCAGUAGGUCACUCCCCAGAUGAUACCAAUCAGGUAAACCAAAACAAUGACAGUACUGAACACGGAAAGGUAAAAAAAAUAGUUAUCUUUGUAAACACCAUCAAGGAAACCAAAGAGCUAAAUAGCAUAUUUAGAUUUUUAUUCUUCGACCAAGGGAUAGAGUCAUCCGUGCCCAAAAAAUACCGUUGCGACAUGUCGCUAAAGGAACGGAUAAACAUUUUUUCGAUACACUCCAAACAGUCUCUCAAGGAGCGCAUGCAAAGCAUUUCAAAAUUUUCUCAAUCGAUCAACCAUUCCGUUUUGUUUUGCACGGAUGUACUAAGUAGAGGAAUCGACUUGGAUAAAUGUGACGUGAUAAUUCAGCUCAGCUGUCCCGUUUCGGAUAUCACCUUUGUGCAUCGGUCUGGCCGCACAGCUAGAAAUUUCAAAACAGGCACCUGUAUCUGCUUCAUCACGGAUGACGAAAUUGCGCGCUGGAAAAGUUCACUCAAAAAAAUAGGCCUCGUUUUCGAGAAUCUGCACGAACUCGAAAUGGUGAAGCGAAUCAGCGAUCACGAAGACACCAAAAUAAACAGUGCAAUUCUCUGCUGCAACAAAAUGGUACAAUUGCAAAACAAAAUAAAAGACAAUAAAAAUAAAUCCCUUUUAAGCAAGCUAGCUAGAGAAGCCGAAUUGGAAGACGAAGAAGGAAGUUCCACAGACUCGGACAACCCAUCAGGGAAAAUAACAAACGAAGCCAUUCUCAAGCAGUUGCUACGCCUAAAGAAAGAACUGUACAAUACACUCUACAGGGAGUAG